AUGACGGUGGGAGCUAACAACGUCAAGUCUCAAUCAUUGCGUCCUUAUCUUCAAUGCGUCCGGUCCUCGCUUACCGCCGCACUUGCGAUUUCGAACUUCGCCUCCCAGACCUCCGAACGCCAUAAUGUCCCCGAGAUCGAGGCCCAGAGUUCCCCCGAACUCCUCCUCAAUCCCCUCACGGUUUCUCGUAACGAGAAUGAAAGGGUACUGAUUGAGCCCAGUGUGAACAGCGUCCGUGUUAGCAUUCGAAUUAAACAAGCCGAUGAGAUCGAACAUAUCCUAGUACACAAGUUCACCCGGUUCUUAACGCAGCGUGCAGAGUCAUUCUUUAUCCUACGAAGAAAGCCAGUUAAGGGAUACGACAUCUCGUUCCUGAUUACAAACUUCCAUACGGAAGCCAUGCUGAAGCAUAAGCUUGUGGACUUUAUUAUCCAGUUCAUGGAAGAAGUGGAUAAGGAGAUUUCUGAAAUGAAGCUUUUCUUGAAUGCGCGCGCUCGGUUUGUUGCUGAAUCAUUCUUGACACCGUUCGACUAA